AUGGCCACCGCCCCCCCAACCAACACAAAACCCAACCCACCAACCCCCCUCCGCAUCGCCAUCGCCGGCGCCGGCAUCGCAGGCCUCACCACCGCCAUCGCGCUCGCCAAGAAGCUCGACGGCGCCGGCGUUGAUGUCGGUGUCGACGUCGACGUCGACGUGCAGCUCUACGACAAGGCCUCGGCGCUGCGCGAGAUCGGCGCCUCCAUCGCCCUCGGCCCCAACGGCCUGCGCUCGCUGGAGCGGCUGGGCGUGCGCGACGCGCUGGGCGACGACGUCGCGUUCAGGGGCCCGGCGGGGAGGCCGAUGAUAUAUCGGCAUUGGAAGACGAACGAGAUCGUGUCGUUCGAUGAGUUUGUGGAUGUGCCCGAGCGGCGCCACCAGACGGCCCGGUUUGCGCGCGCGCAUUUGCAUCAGUCUUUGUUGCGGCAUGUCGAUCCGGGGAGGAUCCAUUUGGGGAAGAAGAUCGUCGGUGUUGUUGAAGAAGGGAAGGAGGGGCAGGGACCGUUGGUGCUGAAGUUUGCGGACGGGUCGGAGGCGAAGGCGGAUUUGGUGGUCGGGGCGGAUGGGAUUAAUUCUGGCGUGAGGAAGUUUUUCGUUCCAGAGCAGAAGCUGGGUUGGACCACUCAGAUCGCAUACAGGGCAGUAUUCGACGCCUCGCUGGUAGAGGGAACGCCGGAUUUGCCUGAAGACUCGACGCAUUGGUGGGGUCCGACCGGUUCCUUCUUCGCAUCAAGGCUCGGCAAGAACCAAUUCACAACCGUCGGCAUCGUCUCCCUCGACCCCGCCGACCCCGCAAACGCCCCCAUCGUCAACAACGCGCACUGGGACUCCCCGGCAGACAUCAACCUCGUCCGCAAACUGUACAAGGACUGGCACCCGCUCAUCACGACCCUCCUCGCCCGCACCCCCGCGAGCGCCAUCCGCGCCUACCCCAACCUCGCCAUCACCGCGCCGCUCCCCAGCCACACCUUCCUGGCCGGCCGCGUCGCCCUCGUCGGCGACGCCGCGCACCCGCACGGCGGCGCCUUCGCCACCGGCGGCUCCCUGGCCAUCGACGACGCGUACGCGCUGGCGUCGGCGCUGGCCUUUUCUCUCUCGUCGGCGGCGGAGGAGGAGGACAUCCUGGCGCGCGCGACCAGGGUUUACGAACGCGCGCGGAAGCCGCAUACGACGCGGUUGGUGGAGGUGGUGCUGGGGAUGAAUGAGAGGAGCAAGGAGAGGUUGAGGGAGGGAGGGGAGGAGACGGAUGAGGAGCUGAGGGCGAGGAUGCGGGCGAGGGCCGAGACGAGUUGGUUGCACGAGCAUGACGUGGAAGCGGCGGUGAGGAGGGCUGUGGAGGCGGAGGGUGCUGGCGUGAGAGGAGCGGGUUUGGAGGCGAGGUUGUAG